GGAUACUUGACGUUUACUUCUUGUCCUGUGUUUAACUUUUUCAAGAAACUUUGAAAAUGGAAAUUUUCAUUUUCAACUUUUUUAUAACUUUUUACCGCAUUUUCUAAUAAUCAUAAUUUCACCAUUCUAUUAAAUCUUGACUCAUCUCAGACCAAGUACAGUGCAUUCUGCAAUGGCUUCAAAAAUAUCUUCCUUCGCUGUCUUUGAUCUAGAAACGCCAGGACUUCCCGAUCAUAGUUUUAAUAAAGGCAGCAUAACCGAAAUUUCUAUUCAUGGAUUCAAAGCUGACGACGUUGCCAAUUCUGUAAAUUGCAAGGAUCCCAGAAUAAACCAUACAUUGACGCUGUUAUUCAAUCCUCGUAUGAUGAUACAUCCAGAAAGUGAAAAAAUAACUGGUUUAGAUAAUUAUAUGUUAGAAAAUGAAUCAUCAUUCGAUGACAAUGCAGCUAAUGUGAUUAUCAGUUUUUUGAAACACAUGCAGCAGCCGGUCUGCUUAGUAGCUCACAAUGGCGAUAAAUUUGAUUUCCCCAUUCUCAAACAUGCUUUGUCUAAAUUAGGAUUGGAACUUCCUAGUAACGUAUUGUGUAUUGAUUCCCUUGGGGCCAUCAAAGACUUGGAUUUGGCAAAAGAAGAUGAUAAUGACUCAUUCACUCCACUGCCUACCAGCGAUCCAAACUUAAACAUUGAACAUUUUGCUACUCUCCUGAAGAAUGAUACAAAAUCAGAACAUAUUGGAAUAGAACCUCCAAUAAAUCAAUUGUCUGAAUCAGUUUCUGACGUCGAAGUAAAUAAACUCGAAGUUAGCACAAACAAUUAUGAAAACGAAAAAGAAGAAACCCUCAUAGCAUCUUCAGAAGUUUCUGGGAAAUUGGAAACGCCAGCCGAUUGGCAGACAUUUAAUGAAACAACACCCAGUAGACCUCCAAAUGUUGUAAACCUUGAAAGAAAACGGAAGAGACUUAAUGAUGAAGAAUCAUCUAGCACCCCUGCUGUGCCCAAGUCCCGAAAAUCUCUAAGUUUCAAUCCGACACCAACCAAAGUUGGAAACUAUAAACUCGGAAGCAUAUAUGAACGCUUGUUCGAUAGAUCUCCAGUGAAUGCGCAUCAUGCAGAAGCGGAUGUAAUCACACUCAAAAAGAUCAUGCUUAGAUAUGGCAAAUCGUUUGUUGAUUAUGCCGAGAAAAAUGCGAAACCUUUCAGCGAGGUGAAAAAGCUUGGAGCUAGAUGAUAGUGUUAAGAUUUUUAUUUUUGAAAAUUUAUUUAGAUAAUGUAACAAUUUAGGUUAUGGUUUUAUAAAAUAUUUUAUAUUUUCUUUCUACACUCGACAUUAUUUUGGAAAAUUUUUAGCAAAUUAUUGUAGAGAACAUAAAUAAUAUUUUUAUACUUGCCACUUUUGACAUUUAAAAUUUUGAUUUAAUAAACAACUAUUUACAACUGG